AGAAGACAGAUCAGGAACAGCUGAGGAGGGCACAGAGAAAACACCCUUCUUCCUCUCAACAUUAACCAGAGAGAUCUCUCAGCUUUCCUUCAAACCUCUCUUUUCUAAGAUCCGAUUCGAUGCCGUCCCGUAGACGUACCCUCCUCAAAGUCAUCAUCCUCGGCGAUAGCGGGGUGGGAAAAACCUCUUUGAUGAAUCAGUAUGUUAAUAAAAAGUUCAGCAACCAGUACAAGGCUACCAUUGGAGCUGACUUCUUGACCAAGGAAGUACAGUUUGAAGAUCGUCUUUUCACUUUACAGAUCUGGGAUACAGCUGGACAGGAAAGGUUUCAGAGCCUUGGUGUAGCCUUUUACCGUGGUGCUGAUUGCUGUGUUCUUGUAUAUGAUGUCAACUCCAUGAAGUCAUUUGACAAUCUGAACAACUGGAGGGAAGAAUUUUUGAUCCAGGCGAGUCCAUCAGAUCCAGAGAAUUUUCCAUUUGUUCUUAUCGGAAAUAAGGUUGACGUGGAUGGUGGGAACAGCAGAGUGGUUUCAGAGAAAAAGGCUAAAGCUUGGUGUGCUUCAAAGGGGAACAUUCCUUACUUUGAGACCUCUGCCAAGGAAGGUACUAAUGUGGAGGAAGCUUUCCAAUGCAUUGCCAAGAACGCACUGAAGAGCGGAGAAGAAGAAGAGUUAUACUUGCCAGACACAAUCGAUGUCGGGACAAGCAAUCAACAGAGGUCUACAGGGUGUGAAUGCUAAGGACCAUCAAUCACAAGAAGGAAACGAGGCUUCUCCUCCCAUUAUCUCCUUUCAAAAGUUUGUCUCUAAAUUAUUACAUGGUGUAAAUUUUUCUUUUGUGUGAAAGAGGGAUGAGAGAACAAAGAAAAGAAAAUAAGGAACCCUAAAAAAGAACGAGAAUUGUUUUGUAGUUAUUUGUGAGUUUUUAUUUGAAGUGAUGGUUUUAGUUGAAUGCUUCAAGAUUUAUAAAUCAUCUCAAAUUUCAAUUCCAA